AUGGGCGUGAACGGUCUCUGGACAGUGGUGCAGCCGUGCGCCAGGCCCACCAACCUGGCUACGCUCAACCGCAAGCGCCUCGCCGUCGACGCCUCCAUCUGGAUUUACCAGUUUCUCAAGGCCGUGCGUGACAAGGAGGGCAACGCGCUGCGCAACUCGCACGUCGUCGGCUUCUUCCGGCGCAUCUGCAAGCUCCUCUGGUACGGGAUCCAGCCCGUGUUCGUAUUCGAUGGCGGCGCGCCUGCCCUCAAGAGGGCCACCAUCCAGGCACGCAACCGGAGACGCGAGGGAAGGCGCGAGGACGCCGUCAAGACAGCCGGGAAGUUGCUGGCCGUGCAGAUGCAGAGGAUCGCCGAGGAGGAGGAGGAGAAGCGCAGGAGGAGGGAGCGUCGAGAGGGAAAGUCUGUGACCUCCCAGGUCAAGGAAGCAACGGCUCAAGAUCAGGAUGAAGAGGAACAGCUUCCGGACAUGAAUAGUGUUGUGUAUGCUGGCGAGAUGGACAUGUCCCAGCAGGAACGGCAGCAGACGCGGAAAUUUCACAAGCAGGACCAGUACCACCUGCCUGAGCUCGAGGGCGGCAUUGCAUCCAUGGGGAAACCCGAGGACCCCAGAAUCAUGAGCGUCCAAGAACUCGAGGAGUAUGCGCGCCAGUUUCACAACGGGGAGGACAUCAACCUGUAUGACUUUAGCAAGAUCGAUUUUAACGGCGACUUCUUCAAGAGCCUGCCGCCCCCGGACAGGUACAACAUCCUCAAUGCGGCAAGGCUACGCAGCCGGCUGCGUAUGGGCCUCAGCAAGGAGCAGCUGGACGAGAUGUUCCCGGAUCGUAUGGCAUUCUCUAGGUUCCAGAUCGAGAGGGUGAAGGAGAGGAACCACCUGACACAGCGCCUGAUGCACGAAGUCGGUAUGUCUGGGAUAGACCUCACGAUCGGAGUCAAUGGCCGUAUAGCCGGCGAGAAGGAUCGAGAAUACAUCCUCGUCAAGAACGAGGGCGCCGAGGGCGGAUGGGCUCUGGGUGUCGUGAGCAAGGAGAAGGAUUUGGGGCAAGCCCAUAAGCCGAUCGAUGUGGAAGCCAUCCAGGUACAAUACCAGUCGAAAGACGACGUCGAUGAAGACGAAGACACCGAUUUCGAAGACGUGCCCAUCGAAGGUGUGAACCGCCUGCCGAAACUAUCUUCCAGCUUUUAUGCGACUCAAGAUAGUACUUCCAUUCGGAGACAACAAUACUACGGCGCCCAGAACCAAGGAGCCGACGAAGACGUCGAAGACUCGCUCUUUGUUGGCGGCAACACGGGCGAGAACAACCAGGUCGUCCACGAGACUGCCCAUGGUAAGGGGUUGCAUCCAGACGAAGAGGACGACCUCAGUAAGGCCAUUGCCAUGUCCCUACAGAGCCAGCAUGGUGCUGGUGCUAUGGAUGAGUUUGAGGCGGUGUCCGAUGGGGAAACGGAGGAGGCUGCUCCUGAGUGGGUUCAAAGGCCUGUUGAACCCGCGAGGCCCAUUGUUGGCUCUGGGGGCCUAGUGAUUGCUCAUGCCGUGAACAACCGGGCCAAUGCUGCCGUCAAAAGGAGGCAAGAGGCUCCCCAGGAAGUUGCUGUCCAUCAGAGUGACAGCGAUAGCGACGACGAUAUGCAGGCCGUGCUGGCCCGAUCUCGCAAGAAGAGAAAGGAACAGCCGAAGACCGUGAUAGAAAACAAAAAGAAUCCUUUCGAUGGGCCCUUGCCCUUUCCAAAGCUCGACUGGCGCUCAUCUCUGUUCGCUACCGGCCAACAAGAUGAUAUGCAGCCGGAGAAGGACAAGGCUGGUGAAGGCGUGGAUGAUCUAGCAGUCGUGAACGAUGACGCAGGAGGGUUCGAGAAAGACGGCGAGAAUGAGCAACACCCUUUGCCACCGUGGCUCGCAGACCAGACCGAUAUCCGAGAGUCUAUUCGCAAACAAAAGGAUAUCGACAGGGAUAUCAAUGCGGAGGAUAGGGCACAGGCAGAGGAGGAAGAGAGGGUCCGUCGCCGCCAGAUGAGAGACGCGAUGAUCGAGAUUGAAUCCUCGUCUGACAGUGGGAGCGAUGUCGAGAUACUCGACAAGCCUCCAUCCCCGAAACCUGAAAAGAAGACACCAGAGCAAAAGGUACCGGACCCCCCCAUGGUCGAGGUAGAAGAAGUUGCUGCUCCCCAGGUCGAAGAUGGAGAUGUGGCGGACUCAUCUGAGCCCGAGUUUGAGGACGUCCAACCCCCCGAGGAAAGGGAGGAACAGAAUCUAUACACGCAUAUCGGCUCACCAGAGCCUGAGCUCAAAGACUUACCUGUGACAUCGACCUCUGCCGAGGCGCAUGAUGGAGAGGCGUCUGAAAAGGCUACUGGCGAAGAUUUUGAGGCAUAUGAAAUGGAACCAACACAGCAUCAUCAGCCGAAGACAACGGCUGAACAGGACGAUGACGACCUUUUUGACGAUGCCGAGUUCGACGAGUUCAGUGAUUCGGAGGACGAGGAACUUCUCGCGCAGAUGGCCGAAGAGUCCGAAGAGCAUGCCCGAUUUGCCAGCGAGCUGAAUAACAAAUCGGCAGAACAGAACCGGGCAGACUAUGAGACGGAGCUUCGGCAGCUCCGCAACCAGCAAAAGAAGGACCGACGUGAUGCAGACGAGGUCACCCAAGUCAUGGUGACGGAGUGCCAAGCCCUCCUGCGGCUAUUUGGCAUCCCCUACAUCACAGCACCGAUGGAGGCCGAGGCGCAGUGUGCGGAGCUGGUUAGUCUCGGGCUCGUGGACGGUAUAGUGACAGACGACUCGGAUAUCUUCCUGUUCGGAGGCACUCGUGUCUACAAGAACAUGUUCAAUACCAACAAGUUUGUCGAGUGCUACCUCGCGUCAGACCUCGAGAGGGAGCUCUCCCUAUCGAGGGAGCAGCUCAUAUCACUGGCCCAGCUGCUGGGGUCCGACUACACCGAGGGCCUGCCUGGCGUGGGCCCCGUCACGGCUGUCGAGAUCCUUUCCGAGUUUCCCGGAAAGACGGGGCUUGAGGAUUUCCGCGAGUGGUGGUUGGCCGUGCAGUCGCAGACACGCCCAAAGGAAGCGGACGCAUCGUCACAGUUCCGCAAGAAAUUCCGCAAGUCGCAGGGCACAAAACUGUUCCUCCCCACAGGGUUCCCAAACCCUGCCGUAUACGACGCUUACAUUCACCCGGAGGUGGACGACAGCACAGAGGUCUUCCAGUGGGGAGUUCCGGAUCUCGAGGGCCUGCGUCGGUUCCUAAUGGCCACGAUCGGGUGGAGCAAAGAGCGGACCGACGAGGUGCUAGUGCCCGUCAUCAGAGAUAUGAACAAGCGUGAUGUCGAGGGAACCCAGAGCAAUAUAACCAGAUACUUUGACGGGAGUGUCGGGGUCGGGGCUCGAGAGGUCUUUGCUCCAAGGCAGCGGGCCCAGGGAAGCAAGAGGAUGCUGGCGGCUGUGGACAGGCUUCGUACGAAUGUCGCGGGAAGGCAGCCAGAUGCGAGCUCUGAUUCAAGUCCCAGCGCUGGAGCCGAUGUUGACGAGUCCCGGAAGAGAAAGAGACGGACUGCAAGAGCUGAAAAAUCGUGA